UUCUGUUUACCAUAUAACAUUUUUCGUAAAUUAAUUGAAUUUUUUUCUAAACAUUGUGGUUGUUUUUAGAUUUUAGUGCGGGUAUAAUAAAUGUAUUUCGCCCCCUAAUAAAUGCCUGAAAUGCUUAAGUGAAAAACAGAUUUGUGUAAAAAACGAAGACAACUUGUGUGAUAUUUUUUUGUUGUUGUGCUCACUGCCUCUUGUGCCUUAUUUUAUUUAGUUACUACUUUAUUUAUAAACGCCGUUGGUUUUGCGUAAAAUGUUCGUAUUUUGAUGAAUACAGCAAAUAGAAGCCGAGUUACUUCAUUAUGGCGAAACGUAAAAGAAUAGUUCAAGCUGAUAAAAUUAUACGAAAUAUUUUUUAUUAUGUGUUCAUAUUGUUAAUGUACUUGCAGCUAAGCGGUUGCUACAUUUCUACCACAAAUCUUGUGUUAUUAUAUUCAACAGUGUCUGAUAUAAGGGUAGGAAACAUAUCAAACCUAAAUGCAGCCACACCUAUCCUGAAAGAGCUGGAGCAAGGCUCGGCUGUUGAUUUUGUACAUAGGAAUAAUUUAAUAUGUUGGUCUGAUCAAACAGCUGAAUUAAUUCAAUGCAUGCAUUAUAAUGAUACAUAUGUUGGUGAUAAGAUAAGAAUAGUGUCUGAAGGCUUAAUCACCCCUACUGGUAUUGCAAUUGACUGGUAUACCAACAAAAUAUAUUGGACUGAUGGUGAGACCAAUAGAAUAGAAGUUAUUAGUAUAGAAGAGAAAUAUAGGAAAGUAUUAUUUUGGUCUGAUGUUGAUUUAGCCAUCGCUAUUGCUGUUGUUCCUCAAGCAGGGUUAAUGUUUUGGACUGAUUGGGGGGAAAUCCCAAAAAUUGAAAGAGCUGGCAUGAAUGGUGACCCCUCUUCUCGAAAAGUUAUAGUGAAAGAUAAUAUAUUUUGGCCCAACGGUAUAACUAUUGAUUAUAAUAGUAAUGUUAUAUAUUGGGUUGAUUCAAAGCUGCAGUUUGUAGAUGUUAUAGAUUUUGAAGGUAACAAUAGAAAGAGGAUUAUAAAGUCUGGGUUGAAUUAUCCAUAUGCUCUGACAUUCUAUGACAACAAACUUUACUGGACUGAUUGGAAAACUUGGGCUCUUUACACCUGGGAUAUUAGUACAAAUGGACCAAUCAAUGAACUGAUUAAGACUGACUCUGUCCCAGUGGACAUCAAAGUGUUUGACAGUGGCAGACAAGUGAUCCCAAAAGAGAACUAUCCAUGCAAAGUUAACAACCAGGGGUGUUCACAUUUGUGUCUUCUUACACCAAAUACUCCAGGAUAUGAAUGUAGCUGCCCAACUGGAGUGAAACUAAAAGAAGACAGCAACACAACUUGCUACAAUGGUCCACAGUCAAUGCUGAUUGUGGCUCAGAGAUCCAUAAUAUCUAAGAUAUCUCUCGAUUCCCCAGACUUCACACCAUACACAAUACCACUCAAGGACUUGAAAAGAGUGAUCACAGUUGAUUUUGAUCCGAAGACUGAACAUGUUUAUUGGGGCGACAGUGCAUCUAAGACGAUAUCUCGAGCUCGUUUGGACGGCAGUGAACAAACUGUUGUGAUCCAUAGCUGUGGUGUACCGGACAGUAUAGCUAUAGACCCGCUUGCUAGAAAUAUCUAUUGGACUGACCCAGUCUCCGAUUAUAUCACUGUGGCUAGACUUGAUAGCAGUGCUAAAAAGGUGAUAAUCCACGAAGAUCUGUACAACCCGCGUGCCAUCGCGCUGCAUCCGAGCGCCGGCUGGAUGUUCUGGUCGGACUGGAAUGAGAAGAAGCCCAAGAUAGAACGCGCCAACUUGGACGGCAGUGAACGGCUGCUGCUGGUGACGGAGAAACUCACAUGGCCCAACGGCAUCGCGCUCGAUACCAUCAAUAAUAAGCUAUACUGGGGUGAUGCCAGGACACACAAGAUUGAAGUAUGCAACAUGGACGGUUCGGGAAGAAGUGAGCUCCACAGUAGCGACAUCUUGCAUAUAUUCGGACUGACUCUGCUGGGACAGCACCUAUAUUGGACGGAUAUGCAGCGACGAACUAUGGACCGUAUCAAUAAAGACACGGGUUUGGAGCGGCAGGGCGUGGUGGAGCAGAUGGCGAACAUGAUGGGGGUGAAAGCGUUCCGGUUGGGUGAACCCUUGGGCACGUCCCGCUGCGCACGUGAUAACGGCGGCUGUUCGCACCUGUGCUUCAACAGGCCCGCUGACUACGUGUGCUCCUGUCCGCUGGGACUGGAGUUGGGCAGUGACAGAAAGACGUGUAUAGAACCGAUGGCGUAUCUGGUGUACAGUCGCAAGAAUAUCAUCGGACAUAUCAGCGUGCUCAACCAGAACAAUGACGCGAUACUACCGAUUAAGGAGUUAAAGGAAGUCAGUGCAAUAGCGGUCGACGUAUCAGGGUCCAAACUGUACUGGUCGGACAGUAAAACCAAAACUAUCAACCGUUGCUCCAUGGACGGCUCCAAUAUUGAGAGGAUAUUGGAGUUUAUGGGACUUGUUGAAGGUCUUGCGAUAGACUGGUCCGGGCAGAACAUCUACUGGACAGACACCACGGCGCAGCGAAUCGAAGUUUCCAGACUCGACGGCUCCAGCAGAAGAACACUUAUCUGGCAGGGCCUCAAGAAACCUAAAAGCAUUGCACUCGAUCCUAGGAGAGGUUUGAUGUACUGGUCGGAGCUUGGUUCGAAGACUAUCAAGCGGGCGGCCAUGGAUGGUUCUGGAGUGACCGUGAUCGUGGAGCAGGUGGGCCGCGUCCACGCGCUGGCCAUAGACCGGGAGAAGCGCGCGCUGUUCUGGGCCGCGCUCGAGCCGCCCGCGCUCGAGCGAGCGCACCUCAACGGCACGGGGCGCUCGCGCCUCGCGGGUGACGGGUCCAUGCCGUACGCGCUCGCUCUCUACGACGACACGCUCUUCUGGGGCGACUGGAACACGGGUGUGAUAGAAUCUGCGAACAAGACGGACGGCUCGAACCGCAAGACAAUCCAUACGCAUCUCGACUACAUAUCGGACCUGAAGGUGUUCCAGCGGUCACGUGACCCCACGCCGAACCAAUGCGGCGCCGACAAUGGCGGCUGUGCCCACCUGUGCCUGCCCAUGCCCGGCGAUGACUACCGGUGCGCGUGUCCACAACACUACGCACUCAGUGGGGACAGCAUAUCCUGCUUAGAGCCCGAAGAAUUUUUGUUAUUCGCACAGAAGAAUGCAGUCGGUCGCAUAAUGAUUGCGAACGGCGAGUGUAAUGACGCCUACAUACCGCUCACCGGCCUGAAGAGCGUCCGAGCUAUCGACUACGAUCCUGUACACAAGCAUCUAUACUGGAUGGAUGAUGAUAGCCAUACAAUCCGUCGAGUGCCCAUCACUUCCUUCACGACAUCUGCGGUCACAGACUCUACAGUAGUUAUCUCCGGCUUGUCCAAACCAUUCCAUAUGGUGCUCGAUACUGUAGGACGAGCUCUAUAUUGGACCUGCUUAGAUACGGACUCGAUCAACGCUACGUCGAUAGAAAACAACUCGUCGAGCGGGGUCAUUGUGCGGGGCGAUAAAAUGAUGCCGAGGCACUUGGCCUUUCAUCAGACUAAGAGAGUUCUGGUGUGGAGCGAUGCCGGGCUGGGUGCGAUAAUGCGUUCCAGUGUCGACGGGACUACACAGACGGAGCUAGCGAGGGUCUCCAACGUGACGGCCUUGACCAUCGACCAGAGCACAGGCACCGUGUACUGGGCCGUCGCGCGACAGAUCCACGCCAUCGAUCUAGAUCUGAACAACAGCUGUGCGGGUACAUCGGAGACCGGGUACCGCAAACUUGGACCAGAGCGUGGUUAG